AUGGGUCUCGCUGAUCUUGGUCGACGUCUUUCAUCAGCAAUAAGAAAUUUAAAAGCUGAUGUUAAUGUUGGUUUAGUUAAACAAUUACGUGAAAAUGUCAAACAAGCAAUAAAUUUAGAAGAAAUAGGUGUUGGUUUUAAUCGAGAUCGAUUAAUUCAAUUUGCUGUUGUUAAAGAACUUAUUCGACUUAUUGAUCCUGAAGUUAAAGCAUGGCAGCCAGUUAAAAAUAAAUCUAAUAUUGUUAUGUUUCACAAUAUACCAUUUUAUGGCAAUUAUACAGAAAGUGAUCCAUUAGUCAUUGCUAUGGACGAUGUUGAAACAUUUCGUAAAGAUAAUUUUGAAUUAAUUGUUGUUGAUAUAAGUGGCCGACAUGCACCAGAUGGAUUGUUAUUCGAAGAAAUGCUUUAA